AGCCAUCUCCGACACGCCCGCGCCUGAGCCAGAGCCCAUAGUGCGCACUUACUCCCAGCUGAGAGCCAAUGGCAGAUUUUAAAACUUUGGAUAUACCAGAGCGUCAAGUCCUUAUCAGUUUCUGGGGCGAUCUCAACAACCUGGUGUACCACCAUCGUGUCUUGCUGUUUGCCACCCCGCAGCCUGGAAAAUGGAUUGUUGGUACACCCGACUUCAAUGUGCAGUAUGCCGACCACGCCGAGCACCAGGUCUUCCCCUUCGUUCACGACGAGCCUAUCCCUCGGCGGUAUCGUGCCCAGACCUGCGCCUUCGACGCGCCCAUCGACCCCGAGACCCUGGCGCGCAUGCGCCGUGCGGGUCGCGAUUUCUUGGAGGUAUUCGGGCUGGUUGGCGCCGCCGGC